CUGACCCCAUGGGAGCGUCGGCAGCGCGGGCGCAACUGCCGCUGCUGCCGGCAGCGGUGCUGGCGCUGGCGCUGAGCCCGCAUCCCGCGGCCGCGGUGCCGUGCGGCGCUGCCUGCCCAGCGGGUGAGGCCCGGGCCAGGCGGGGCAGGGACUGGCCGGGGCUCCGGGCGAGGCCCCGCGGCAGCCACUCUGUGUCUCGGCCCGCAGGUACCUUCGUGGCGAGCACGGACUGCUGGCGGGGCGGCCGCUGCCGGCCGUGCCCUCCCGACACGUUCUCCAGCGAGGCGGGACUCGACGUUUGCACCCUGUGUCGGAAGUGCGAAGGAAUAUUCAGGUAUUUAAAAGAAUGUACCUCGAAAAGUGAUGCUGUAUGCACGUGCAAGGAGGGGUACCGCUGCAGUGGCGACAGCUGCUCCCGCUGCGACCGGAGCUGCGGCGUGGGCCAGGAGAACACCAGGAGUGGUUGCAGAGCUUGCCGCUAUGGAACUUUUAAUGAUCAGCCUGAUGGCUCCUGUAAAAACUGGACCAAGUGCUCUGCAAACCAAGUCCUGGAGCCUGGAACUGAAGCAAAAGAUGUCAUUUGCAAACACGAUUCAGAUAAUCCCACUUUAGUCACUACUCUAUCUACCACGGCUCCUGCAAUUCCAUUUUCUAUCACUGUGCCAGGGAAGGACCUCCAGAUGGACAUUGUCAGAGUUUCUCUUGCUGUAGCUGGGUUGUUGUGCAUAGUGUUUCUGCUGCCUUCAUGCAUAUGCUUCAGUAUCUGGCAGAAAAAGAAACUACGUGCUGUCUUCAAGAAAAUGCAUACAGUAUCUGAACAGUCAAUUCAGGAAGAUGAUGCCUGCAGCUGCCGCUUCCCUGAGGAAGAACAAGGUGAAUAUAAGGAUUGUGGCAAAUCCAUGGAAUUCAGAGAUCUUUUGGUGAACUAGGAACUGGACUGUCGAGGUCAUCCACACUGGGAUUUCCUUUUGGAACAGGGACCUGUUUAUAUAAAUAGAGGGUAUCAGAACUUGUGAUUUUCUGAGGGUUAAAUAGCAGCCACUGAGGGAAAAGUGGAUCUUCUCCAUAUCUCAAAAAAACAAA